GCAUGUUAGUUGAGGUUAGUUAAAACGGCGAUGUUGAUGCUCUCUUCCAUCUCCUUGUUUAUAUCGAACCCUUCUCCUUCCAGUUGUUUAUUUUACACUAAUAUUUCCUGAGAUUUCUGAGUUCGUCUUCUCCGAUCCCAUCGCCACAUUUCCCUCUACUUAUACGAAUCUACCUUCCCCUUACUUUCCAUUUCACACUCCCUGCCCCAUUUCUGCACUCUCCCUUCAUCUUCUCCUUUCUCUCUUCCUUCUUCAAACAACAAUGGCUUCAAUGUCGAUACCUUGUCCCAAAGUUUCAUCAGCGCCUCGGCUUCGAUCCUUCCUCCCACGCUCGCACCGACCCCACACCUUCUCUCUCGCUCCUCCCCCUCCUUCCAAUCUCCUGGCUCUUCGCGGAUUUCAGUGCCUUAAUAAGAGCCAAUCUUCACCGUGGAAGAGGCAUGCACAACCUAGUGAGGGUAAUUCUGCACCAUUAGCUGACACUGAAACCAAAGUUGUGUCACAAGAAGGAGAUGCGCCUGUGGAAAAUAUUGUUCCAGAUGAGUUAGCCAUUUCAGCAUUCAUGUCACAAGUGACAGAUCUUAUCAAACUUGUGGAUUCAAGAGAUAUUGUCGAGCUGCAACUGAAACAACUGGACUGUGAGGUUGUUAUAAAGAAAAAGGAAGCUUUGCAGCAGCCAGCACCAGCAGUUCCUGUGGUUGCUAUGCCGACCCCUAUGCCUCAUGCCAUGCUUCCGGCUCCACCACCACCAGCCCCGGCAGCUUCUCUUUCUCCUGCUCCUGCAAGUGCCAAAUCCUUAGCACCUGCACCUGCACCAGCUUCUGGGCCUCCAGCAAAGACAGGUCAUUCAUCUCAAACAGCACUAAAAUGCCCUAUGGCCGGAACCUUCUAUCGAUCCCCUGCGCCUGGUGAACCAGCAUUUGUCAAGGUUGGAGACAAAGUGCAGAAAGGUCAAGUCAUUUGCAUCAUCGAAGCUAUGAAAUUGAUGAAUGAAAUCGAGUCUGAUCAAACAGGAACCAUAGCUGAGAUACUCGUAGAGGAUGGGAAAUCAGUUAGUGUAGACACGCCUCUUUUUGUCAUUGUACCAUGAGCAGCAGCUAGUCUGGAAAUUUGUUGGUACCGGUAUUCUCGUAGGCGCAAGUCAAACUGGAUUCUCGAUGGUUAUCCAGUUAUGUACUUUAUUAAAUAAUGACUUCGUUUCCGUUCAGAGAAGUAUUCAUGUAGGUUGGAGGCAUAAAAAUAUGUUGAAAGCAUAGCUUUAUUCCCAAUUUUAAAUGCUCUGGGACAGUGAGCUAUGCAAAUACCUUACCUUUCCUUCCCAUUUAUUUAGUCUCUCAACCUCUCUUUUUUACAUUCUCUACCUGCAAUUUUAAAUGAACAGCAAAUCC